AACUCAAACUGAAAUUUAUCUAGAAGCUACAAAUAAAGAAUGCGAAAUAACUGGUAAAGAGCCAACUUAUCAUAAUUGUGGUAUGUGUAAAUCAAAAACCAAUGCAAUUGCAGUCUAUAUGGAACAAUUAAAUUUACUUGAUGCACAAAUCAACUCUUUUUAUACAAUAAGUGAUUUGUCGAACAUUGAAUCGUUCAUGAAAGAAAAUCCAGGAAAAAAUCUUACUGAUUUAUUGAAUAUACCGCAUACAGGAAUUGCUUUUAUUGGUUUAGAAAAUUCUGAACAAGUUCUAAG